AUGGCUCCUAAAAAGAAAGUUUACAAUGGCUAUUCAGUAUUCAUGAUGGAGACUCAACAGAAAUUAAUAAAUCAAGGUGUUAAAGUAAGCAUGGCUGAUAUGUCAGAGUAUUGCAAAAAAGAUUGGGAAGAUAUGCCUGAUGAGAUGAAAGAAAAGUAUAAGAUAAAAGGCAAAAAGAUGAAAAGUGAAGCAAAAGUAGUCAAAUAUACUUCAAUUGGUGAAAAUAUAGAAUUUGUUAAAAAACAAUCAGAUGAGAGUGAAUCACAAAAAAAUGAUAUGUACGUACAUAUAAAUGUAAUGCUUAGCUUGCAACCAGCCAGCUAUUAUCUUCCCAAGCAAAAAUUUAUUUUUAUUCAUAUAAACUCUUAUACAUGCGAGAAAGAAGGAUUUUAUUUUCCUGCCGAAAUAUCCAUGGCUGAGUUUUCUUUAGAAAAAGGCUUGAUACGCAUGUUUCAUCAGCUAGUUGGAUUUGAUCAAGUCAGGACAAAUGCUCCGCGAGCUCCUACAGCAGAUAUUAACAAUCAUGCCGAUAACAAUCAUAAAAUAAACGUAUUCUCAAUGUUUCCUGAUAAUUACUCAGAAAUAUUAUUAAAAAUGAUUGGUUUUAUCAUGAACAAAGAAGUUGAUUUAUCUGUUCUAAAUGACUUAGCAUUAGACAUGCCACCAGUCUAUACUGCACAUGCACCUAUUGGAAAUGAACUGAUGAUUACUAGGGAAAGUUUAUUCAAGUUAUUCAAAACUGUAAUAAGGGAUGCUGAAAAAACUGAUUUCAAUAAUAUUAUUAGGGUUUACCAUUUGGAUAAACUAUUUAUGGAACUGAAAAAUACAUGUUAUAAAGUUAAACAUCCAGACACAAAUGAUUUAGCUUUACCUUCUAUUGCUAUGGCUACCAAUAGUUUAUCAAAAGAUGAGUUAACUACAAUUAAGACAAUUGGUUGUAAUUUUCAUGAAAAACUUGAACACAUUUAUGGUUGUAGUAACUAUUUUGUAUGUAAGUGGAUACACAUUUUAUCAGCUCAUUGUUGUCGCUAUAUUGACAUACAACUUGUAUCUGGUUGUCAUUAUGAUUUUGAUUUAUCUAAAACAGAGAGUCCAUUUGAGGAACAUUUUGAUAAAAUGAAAAUUUCUAAAUUUGCUGCAAAUUAUUCAGAUGAAAGGGAAAUAAAUAAACCGAACACUUUAGCGGCCAAUAGUUUCCUAGCGAUUGAAGGUAAAUUAGUGACUGUUAUUCAAAAACCAAUAUGGAAUAAGCCAGAAUAUAAAGCAAAUACAAAUUGCAAAACUUUUACAAAUAAAAAGGACAACUUUCCUCCCCUUGGUGAUUCGAAAAGUAUUCAAAUAAAUGCUCCUGCACCAGUAAUAAACUGCCGGUGUAAGAAUGCAGGUCGUGGCAGGGGUGUUAUUAGCAAAGUUCAAAGUAAUAACCGAAACCAAUUAAAUGCAAACUCAAAGCAAACAUCCAAAGAAGGAAGACUUUCUACUAAUAGAAAUAAGUAG